AGUAUACCCCCUUAUUUCUAGCUACUUAGUUAAAAAGGAGGGUAUCCAGAUUCACAGUGUCAGUCGGGCAUGCCACAGCCAAGAUGAUACCCCUUUCACGUAUCCCGAGGAGAAGUCAUGCGUCUACGUUCAGAUGCUUGAACAGAUGCUUGGAUGUUCACAGCUCUCGGCCUUAUAGUGGCCUAGUGUCGUCGACGAAUAAUCUGUCCGAAUUCCAGGAACAGGAUAACUUCACCCGCCGAUCCAGAUUCUGGACCCCUGGAUCUCAAGGGCUCCAAGCUGCUAAGAAUGAGACCGCUCAUGAUAAAUUAAUUCGAGCCGGCUAUUUACGCCAAUCACAUUCAGGGGUGCAUCACAUGCUUCCGUUAGGCCAAAGGGUUGAAGAGAAGCUGCAGAAAUUAAUAGAUAAGUAUAUGAUUCAACUUGGUGCAUCCAAGGUAUCCCUAUCUUCUAUUUCGCGCCAGUCCUUAUGGGAAAAAACGAAUCGAUUAGAUGGUUACGGCCAGGAGCUAUUUCGCUUCCUCGACAGGAAAAAAAGCGCCCUAUUGCUUGCGCCAACUCACGAAGAAGAGAUAACAACGCUUGUGUCGAAUACAUCUUGUUCCUACAAAGAACUUCCCUUAAAGCUUUAUCAGAUCGGACGGAAAUACCGUGAUGAAUUCCGCCCACGUGCAGGACUUCUUCGAUCUAAGGAAUUCCUCAUGAAGGAUCUCUACACUUUCGAUUAUUCUAUCAAGUCGGCACUCUCUACUUACGAGGAAGCACGAGCUGCUUAUGCCCGGCUUUUCGACGAGUUAAAACUUCCAUAUUUGUGCGCAGAAGCUAGCUCUGGUGAUAUCGGAGGGGAUAAAAGCCACGAAUAUCACCUCCCUUCCUCGACUGGGGAGGACUUCGUAAUCAACUGUGAUAGCUGUGACUACGUAGCCAACGAGGAGGUUGCUUCCGCACGACUUGGUCCCCCAGAUAGCAACUCCGAGGGCGGCUUGGAUAAUGAUUGGAGCGCCGUCAGCGUUUGGCGAGGUGUUUCCAAAGAUAGGGAAACUCUCGUCAACGUCUGGUAUCCUGCUUCCUUCGAGAACAGUGAUAUAAAUACACACGCCAUUAAAGCAGUCUUUCCCGAAUUGGACUCGAGUCUUGAUAACUCAGUUCCAUUUUGGUCUUCUACGCCUCCUAAUCUAACUAAGCCUCGAGGAGACUUACGAAUCAUGAACAUCGUGGACUAUCGGCUUGGACCCCUUUUUAUUGAUACAUUCCAGGCUAGACUUACGAGCUCUUCUCCGGGACCAAUACUACCUGAAGAUAGCGAUAUUAACCUUUCAGCUGUCACUAAUGAUUUCGUUACCUCAUCGGAAAAUGAGAGUCUUCUUAACGUUAUUCGUAUUCGCGAUGGCGAUAGCUGUCCCCGCUGUGACUCUGGAAAACUCAAGGUCCAAAAGGCAGUUGAACUCGGGCAUACAUUCUAUCUUGGUACAAAAUACUCAGAGGCACUUAAUGCCACUGUUGUGGUACCUUCGCAUUUGGUUGAAGGUGAAGGCACAGCUGCCAAGCCAACUAAAUCCGGGGCCCAGGUGCAAGUGUUUUAUCAGAUGGGAUGUCAUGGUAUAGGGGUAUCUCGCAUGUUAGCUGCCAUCGCAGACCAUCUGGCCGACGAAAAGGGGCUCAACUGGCCGCGCGCCAUUGCACCUUUCGAAGUGCUGCUCAUUCCAACAGCAAAUUCGGAGGAAGAUAACAUUCUCGUAUCCCGACACCUGACAGAUUCACAGAACCACCAACCUUUCGAUCUAAUGUUCGAUGACCGCGAAGCAAGCUUGCCAUGGAAGCUUAACGACGCUGACCUGAUAGGAUACCCGGUUAUUGUAAUAUUGGGUAGGAAAUGGACAUCGGAGCGACGCGCCGAAGUUCAGUGCAGGAGACUGGGAAGUAAAGAAUUUGUGCCACUGGAAGAUCUCCGUGCGCAUAUCAACAAACUUCUUUCCCAACUCUAGAAAGACCCUGUAUAAUGCAAGGAACUUCGAGGAUUUCCAUACCGACUCGGCAAGGGGGUUAUUUGUCUUGGCUAAGGGAUCGAGAGACAAUUAACCACGGGGACCUGUAUGAUUAAAAUGCCUGUACGUAACAUCUAUCGCGACUCGUCACACGCCGUCUCAAAUCUGCCCUUGUCUCGGCGCUCAAUAGAGGACGAAUUCCGAGUUCGCUUUCCGCGUCGAGCCCACUUCAAACUGGUAUAUAUGUCAACGACGUGAUUAUAACAAAAGCUAGUUACUUCGUCAUCCGAACAGUGAUCAUCAGAAUCGUCAAUCCAUCAGCUAUUCUUUUGUACCGUGAGACUUACAGAUUCUAAUUCUACGUAAGUGAUAUGGCUUGCAUGAGAUCUGCAGUCGCUCUCCAAAGAUGACCGGCUCCGACGAGAACAAAUACUUAUUCCCUAC